AGACUUCCAAUCUAUUCCCACUUCCGUCAAUCCAUCCCACCGCCAUUCAAUCCCAAUCGCUAAAAUGGCUCCCAAGCGAUCAAAGAAAGCUGCUGACUCCAUCAACUCGCGCCUUGCGCUUGUGAUGAAGUCUGGUAAAGUCACCCUGGGCUACAAGUCGACCCUCAAGAGCCUGCGAUCUGGAAAGGCCAAGCUUGUCAUCAUCGCUGGCAACACUCCUCCCCUCAAGAAGUCGGAGCUCGAAUACUACUCCAUGUUGGCCAAGACGAGCGUCCACCACUUCGCCGGAAACAACAUUGAGUUGGGUACCGCCUGCGGAAAGCUGUUCAGGACCUCCACCAUGGCUGUCCUGGAUGCUGGUGACUCCGAUAUCCUCUCCACCGCCGCUGCCUAAGCGAUGAAUGGGGAUGGGAAGCAUGGCAUUGCGUCCGGCGUUAAAACGGGAAAUGGAUACCUAUGUAUUAGAUCCGUGAGCGGAUUCUUUUGAUGCCGCGAAAUACCAUGAAUCGACAGCGUGCCAUAUCUUAUGCGAGAUCUAUCC